ACAAUUAGGUUUUAUAAAAAUUCAAUUUUUAAUAUUAUGUUAUUGGGUAGCAAAUGUAUCAUGACUGUUGUGUUACUUGAUAUGAUUGUGCAACUGCUAUGUAGGGAUUGUUACCUGCAUUGAAGUCAGUUAUGCCAAAUGCCCAUCACCGAAACUGUGUGAUGCACAUUUGGAAAAAUUUUAUCAACCGUUUUAAGGACCUCUAUAUUCGGGAGGUGGUUUGGGAUUGUGCUAAAUGCACCACCAUACCAGAAUUUAAGGAGCAAAUGGAAAAACUCAAGCGAAUUAACCAGGGUGCAUGGGAGUAUCUAUCGAAAUUUGAGCCAGCAACUUGGGUGAAGGCCUAUUUCUCACAUGGACCAAAAGUGGACAACCUCACAAAUAACAUGUGUGAGGUGUUCAACGCGAAGAUAGUAAACUAUAGAAUCAAGCCUAUUCUCACAAUGUGUGAAGAAAUUAGGUGCUAUCUGAUGAGGAGGAUGGUCAAACAUAAGCAGUUACUAGAAAAUUAUUCUGGAAAGCUCGCACCUGUUCAGCAGAAAAGGCUGGAUCGUCUUAUAAGGCCCAGCAACAAGUGGCUUGCAGAGUGGACAGGUGACGAGGAACGUAAGAGAUUUGAAGUGAGUCGUAAGAAUACAAAGGUAGAUGUGGAUCUCAUCAAGCAAACUUGCUCAUGCAACAAGUGGCAGCUGACUGGCAUGCCCUGUAUCCAUGCAGUAGCAGCAAUCAGGAAAAGACAUGAUCAACCAGAAGAAUAUGUUCAUCCAUGGUUAUGCAUGGAGUCAAUCCAUAAGACAUAUUCACAUUCUAUUCAACCGGUGCCUAGUCAGGAAUUUUGGACACGGAGUGAGUAUUCAAGACCAGAUCCUCCCAUCAUAAAGAGACCAAUAGGCAGACCAAAGGUACACAACAGACAAAAGGAUCCGGCUGAACCAAUGAUGCAGCAAGGUGCCAAGCUGAAGAGAUCCUUUAAGGUAACUUGCAGUAAAUGUGGCUCAGAGGGACAUAAUUACAAGACAUGCAAGGGUGCUCCAUCUAACCCCAACUGGAAACCUAAGACCAAGAAGUCCAAGAAAGGUGGGACAAGUCAGUCACUAGUUGUCCUUCCACUAUCACAGUCAGCACCAAAAGAUGAUGAUGCUCUUAACACCCAAAGUGAUCCAUCUAGCCAGGCUGUUUCUAGCCAGGCUGCAUCUAGCCAGGCUGCAUCUAGCCAGGCUCCAGAUGUUCCAAGUGCUGUGGCAGCAACACCAAACCCUGUAACACCAGUUCCCGUGGCAGACCAACUCACAACCAGAGGUACACCAUUUAGGCCUCCACUUCAAGUUCCAUCCACAGCUCACCAAACAGUUCAACCAAAAACUUCAAAAAUCAGACCCAAACAGAAGAUAUUCAGGCCACCUACGGCCUCCAGAAAGAACGCAAUCAAUUUAAGGAUUAGGGAUGAAAUCAAAACGACCUUUCCAGUCAGCAGUCCAGGUGUCAACCAGUCAUGCCACGUCAUCCGCACGAGAGCCACAUCAGACUUCUCCGGCGAGUCUGGCAGAGGCAAUUUGACGGAGGGACUCAUCCGUCCAAGAUUUGUAAAGAAUAAAAUAAAAGAGAAGGGCAGCAGCCCUGCUGGUGGUAGCAGUGUUGCUAGUAGCAGCAGUGCUACUGGCUAUGAGUUAGCAAGGAAGGCCAUGAAUAAGAAUGAGGAGCUAGCUGAUGAGAUUGAUGCUGAUUUAGAUCAAGGCGGCGGUGGUGGUGGUAGUAGUACAUUUUAUGCUGCACCACUUGCUUUUUCUAGUCCAAGUAGUGAAAAUGAAGGUGAUGAUAUCAAUGACGCAAAUCUGCAGCAAGUUAUGGAGGAUUUUGAUGAUUGA